GGCGAGAGGUAGAUCAGCUAAACAACCCAAUCGCCUCAGCCCUCCCGUCACUCAACAAAGAUCUGCCGAGGCCCGAACAGAGAUGCCCAUGACUGAUGCUAAUGGAGCGCCUCCUCGGGUGAUGGAACCAGGGGAGUUGCUACCUGACUUCGUGGAUCGUUUUCAGACCGCCUUGGACAAAUCGGGACGGGAAGAGAAUGCGGCUCGGGAUUUGUUUAUCGAUAAUCUCCGCAACACCGUGUUGAAGCUGAGCGGUUUUGGUAUCAAGGAGUGGGAUAACAUCGGUUUUGCCAAUGUGGGUUCGAACUAUCGGGAUUUCGGACGGGAUGACCGUCGCGAUCGGGGCAACGAUCGAGGACGUUACUGGGGUGGUAGCGACGGAGGACGCGAUCAGCAAGGGGAUGGACGCAAGGAGCGCUCCAUGGAACGAGGGAGUACCAGCCAGUGGGGCCAAAGAGAGGUUCCUCUGCGAUUCACUCGAGUAUGUUAUGAAUGCGGGGAGCCAGGUCACUACAGGAAUCAUUGCCCGAAGCUGGGUAGAGACGGAGGUCCAAGGUACAAUGGUCAACGCGGGAGGUCGCUAUCCCCGAAGCCACAAGCACGACAACAAGAACCAAGAGCUGCCUCUGAAGAUCCAGUAGUGAAACGCCAAAUUGAAGAAUUGGCGGUGACAAUAACAUCCAUGAAAGAAGCUCUUGACGCGGAGAAAGCAGCAAAGGAAGAGAAGAUUAAGCGGAAGACGGAGAAGCUCGAGCGCAAAAAGAGAGAGGAGGAGGAAGCGAAAGCGGCGGAAGAGAAAUAGGCAGCUGAACAAAGGCGUCUCGCGAGA